AUGACUUUUUCUUUAGGAUUUGUCCUUGAGAAAGGUCGGAGGGUUAGUCCAUACAAUCUAAGAGAGAGUAAUUGUAAAACUAGGACUAGGGGUGUUGUGAUUGUGGAACAAUAUGCUAGUAAGGGUAGUGCUAUUAUGGGUGAUUCAAGCAAUAGUGGUGGUGGCGAGGGCAAUGUACGAAGUGGUUGUCAUGAUAAGAGAAAUGUAGGUAGUGGUGAUGAUGGUAAAGGCAAUAUAGGGGGUGGUUAUCAUAGUGAGGGUAAUGUAGGCGGUGGUGGUGGUGGUGUUGAGGAUAAUGUGGACAAUGAUGGAGUUGUUGAAGGCAAUGUGGCGGUGAUGGUCAUGGUGAGGCCAAUUAAUCAUGGUGAGGGCAAUGUGAGUGGUGGUUAUGGUGUAGAUAAUCCGGGUAAUGAUGAUGAUAACAUAGAGAUAGCUGAAAAAGAUAUUGAGGAGGAAAAUUAUUUGGUUGAUCUUGCUUCUAAGGGUAAAAAGGGAGUUGUACAGGGUCAAAGUCGGGAUAGUGAUAUAUAA